GCACUGUGCCAUUUUAGGCAGAGGUUGCUUAAGGGCAAUGACAAGAGAGUAGGCACCAACUACAAGGUGGUUGAGUAGUACUUCCCCACUUCACCAUAUAUAUAUACUGUACACCCCUGUCCUAGCGUUCCCAUACCCUCCCAAAGCAUUUCUUCUCUUCUCUUACACCUUCUUCAACCCUCUGUUCCCUUAAAAGAAUCGAUCAAUCUUGAUCACGAUGGGUUCAACAGGUGAAACUCAGAUGUCUCCAGCUCAGAUAUUAGAUGAAGAAGCGAAUUUUGCCAUGCAACUGAUCAGUUCUUCAGUGCUACCUAUGGUCCUCAAAACAGCCAUUGAACUUGACCUUCUUGAAAUCAUGGCUAAAGCUGGCCCUGGUGCUCUCUUGUCCCCAUCCGAUAUAGCUUCUCAUCUCCCUACCAAAAACCCUGAUGCACCUGUCAUGUUAGAUCGUAUCUUGCGCCUUCUGGCUAGUUACUCCAUUCUUAUUUGCUCUCUAAGAGAUCUUCCUGAUGGGAAAGUUGAGAGACUCUAUGGUCUUGCUUCUGUUUGUAAGUUCUUGACCAAGAAUGAAGAUGGUGUCUCUGUUAGCCCUCUCUGUCUCAUGAACCAGGACAAGGUCCUCAUGGAAAGUUGGUAUCAUUUGAAAGACGCGAUUCUUGAAGGAGGAAUUCCAUUUAACAAGGCCUAUGGAAUGACUGCAUUUGAAUAUCAUGGCACGGAUCCAAGAUUCAACAAGGUUUUCAACAAGGGAAUGUCUGACCAUUCUAAAAUUGCCAUGAAGAAGAUUCUUGAGACCUACAAAGGCUUUGAAGGCCUCGCAUCCUUGGUGGAUGUUGGUGGCGGGACUGGUGCUGUGCUUAGCACAAUCGUCUCCAAGUACCCUUCAAUUAAGGGCAUCAACUUUGAUUUGCCUCAUGUCAUUGCGGAUGCCCCAGCUUUCCCUGGUGUGGAGAAUGUUGGUGGUGACAUGUUUGUUAGUGUGCCCAAAGCAGAUGCUGUUUUCAUGAAGUGGAUAUGUCAUGAUUGGAGCGAUGAACACUGCUUAAGAUUCUUGAAGAACUGCUAUGAUGCGCUGCCGGAAAACGGGAAAGUGAUCCUUGUUGAAUGCAUUCUCCCUGUGGCUCCUGACACAAGUCUUGCCACCAAGGGAGUCAUGCACGUUGAUGCCAUAAUGCUGGCACAUAACCCCGGAGGAAAAGAGAGGACCGAAAAGGAAUUUGAGGGCUUGGCCAGGGGAGCUGGCUUCAAGGGUUUCGAAGUGAUGUGCUGUGCAUUCAAUACGUACGUGAUUGAAUUCCGCAAGCAGGCCUAAGGCUCAAAAGUCCAAGUUAUUUUGAGUUCCAUAAAAGAGAGUUGUUGUCUGCCUGCUGGCUUUGAAAGGUGUGAUUGCUUGUUAUCUCUUAUGAAACAAAUAAGAUCGUGUCCUGUCUGCUUCUUGUUUCAAAUUACCUCCAUAGCUCUAAGAUCUCUCUUGUUCAUGCAAUGAUGAAGAAGAUUUCUUAUAGAGGUUGUAGUGAAAAAGAAAGCAACUCGUCUUUUAUCUUGCAAGAUCAUGAUGAAUAUUGUUCUUAACAAGAA